GCCGGUGGUACACGGUGGCGUCUCGAUACCUGGCCAGAUACUCCCUCGCUUGCUAUAUCAUCAUUGCAACGGCAAAAAACAAGCGUCAUUGCCCGUGGUCACAUCUUUCAGUGGAGACACGUGAGAAAGUAGAGACGUACAAGACAUAGAGCGAGCUCACGUAUAUUAAGGCCGUGUAGCCGGUUAUUAUGUAGCCGAUAUGGUUCCGAGGCAAUUAAUACUAUUGUUAUGAUUCAGACGAAUACGUCAUGUGUGCUUGAACGGCGAUGCAACCGCCGCGUUUCGAUUAGUAUGUAUUCGACCAUAGAGACUUGCGGCUGCUUGCUCCCUGGUCCUGCUCGCCCUAUGAAACGAGCACCGCUCCGUUUGCGCUUUAAUGGCUUUCUAAAUAAUGUCUUGGGAAAUGAGUUCGCGCCUGCCACCCGGAACGGAUGUAAUUAACAGUUCAGUGUCGUGAGAGUACAUAGUAUGGUAUCGACAAGUGAUCGUUCGAUUCGAUGUGGGCUCUCUACGUUUCGUUUAAUUCGCUGGUUGCAAGAAGAAUCCUAAAUUCGGCGGUGAUUGGGCAACAUAUAUGGAAUGCGAUGGAAGAACUGAAUUGCACGAUAGCCGCGCGGUGAUUGUGUAAAUGUAUGCACGUUGCGGUGACUCAAUCCAUUGGAAAGGAAACAAUGAUAACGAUGGACGUUCGUGAAAACUGUGUAAGGAUUCUUUGACUUGGUUUUGCGACGAGGUGGCAAACAGUAUUUGUAACAGACAAUACGGGCAGUUUAGCGAAACGGGAAACAAAGGAUAAAUAAGUAAUUAUGCCGAACAAUAAUCUAGCUGAAAAAGAGUCUCCAAACAGAAACAGUAUUUUGAUGCAGGACGAAAAAACAUCGGGUGAGAGGUAUAGCAAGGGCAACACGGUUUCCACCCAGAAGAGUACCGAAGAAAUAGUUAGGAAAUCAAGCAAAGCGACUCAGAUUGAUCUUAUCCAAUUGUCUUACGGUACACAAAGAAUCAAGCCGACUUCUCUGGCUUAUUUGCCCAGACAGGCGAGCGAAUCCGGUUAUCCCUGUUACUCCAAAAGCUCCUCCUUAUGCCCGUCUCAGAGUGAAUUAGUACUGUCGCCAAGGAACAGGAAUAGUCGUUAUGUAGCUUUAGAUAUGAGAUCUAUGGGUAGUUUCCCAUUAUCAAAUAGUCAUACCUCGGUAAAUAAUAUGCCAUACACAUGUUGUUGUACGUGUGUGGGACCACCUGUGCCUCCAACAUCUUCCUCACAGCAGACGGAAGAACAAGAUGGUCCUGAGGGUCUUUCAUGGAGGAGACUUCACAUGAGCAGAGCUAAAUUGAAAGCAACUGCAACAACGUCAGAAUUACUAAGCGGUUUCGCUAUGGUAGCUAUGGUUGAACUGCAAAUAAACGAGCCAACCGCGGUGCCGGAGUGGCUGUUUGUGAUGUUCGCUGUUUGCACAACCGUCCUAGUAUCAGUACACAUCUUUGCUUUAAUGAUAAGCACGUAUUUAUUGCCCAAUAUUGAGGCCAUCAGUAAACUUCAAGUAUCUCGGCUUGUCACGGAAUCUCCUCAUGAGAGAAUGCGUGGCUUCAUCGAAUUGGCUUGGGCAUUUUCUACGGUGUUAGGAUUGUUUCUGUUCUUAGUAGAGGUGGCUAUACUGUGCUGGGUGAAAUUCUGGGAUUACUCGUUCACAGCCGCCACUGCCAGUACGAUUAUAGUUAUCCCGGUCCUUAUAGUGUUCAUUGCCUUCGCCGUUCACUUCUAUCAUUCGUUAGUUGUAUACAAAUGCGAGUCCUCGGUAUCUGAUAUGAACGAGCUGGAGAGCAUCAAGAGAAAUUUAGAUAACGUGACGAUUAGACAGAGCAGCGUGUGACGAUUCUGUAAAAGAUUGCCAUCGACGUUCAUUGAUCGUUGAGUUCUUGCCUCCUAAAAUAUUCCCCAGACUGUGCGUUAUUUACUCACGUUUCAUUCCGUAGUAUCGUAAUUGUACUUAAUGAUAUAUAUUCGAAUACACGUAAACAGUGAUGGAAAAAGAACACAUGUAAGUUUAUUCAAUAACUUUACUUAUUCAACGCGAACACGCGCAAGGCGCGAUCGUGUUUUUUUAUUAUAUAUAAAAAUGUACAUAGCUGUACACAUGCAAGUCGAGAAUUGCAACAGUACAAGCAAAGUGCUCUUAUAAGUAUAUUAGCUAUAUUAUUUUAGCAUUUAAUUAUAUUCUAUUUAUGACUUAUAAUUCCCGAUUUCUUCUUUUAAAUGUAUUUUUCUCAUUUACCUUUCUUUUUAUUUCAUACAUCGUAUCACUAAUAUGUAUAUAUAUAUAUAUAUAAUAUAUGUCAUUUUUUUGUCACUUAGUUUGUGGGAAAACUGAAGGACAGUCGAGUCUGUUAUUUAUGUACAUGCUUCCCAUUCUGAAACUUGUUAUCCUAGUCAAAAUAAAUAAUCCAUCAGACUUGAAGACUCUCGUUAAUUCAAACGUGGCUCGUUACGUAAGUUUAUAAAAAAGGAAAAAAUAUAAUUUUACACAUCUUUCAUUUUCGCCAUAAACUAAGUUAUAAUCUUAUCGAUCGAUAUUUUCUAUAUUGUUAUGCGUUAAGUUAUGUUUGUACAAAAAAAAAACAAUACGAAUUAAAGAAGAGAAUUAAAGCAAGAA